CCUCACCAGGUGAAGGCGUGAAAAAAACCGAUCUGUGUAAAUCAUUAGUAUUUUAUUAUAACGGAAUGAGAAUGAGAAGUGAAACCGAGCUGGAAGAUCCGCGGCUGCAGUGGAUCAGAGAGCGGGUCCAUAGCGCGUUCCAGUUGCCUGAGCCCGGGGCUUUCGAGGAGCUGCUGAGUCGCGGAGGAGGAGAGGAGGAGAGGAAAAUCCGCCGCUUUGUGGAGCAGGUCACCGCGGAGGAAUUCACCUCAGCACUGUUCUUCUCUACAUCAAUACGGCACAAAGAAGUGCAAGCGACGAUCCCGACAGACAUAACAAAUGAACCAAAGUCACCUGAAGUUCUCAGCAGGGAUGGUGUGUGUCUUACAGAGGAGACUUCCACCGAGGAACCCUUACAACCAGUGGACGAGCUUCAUCACUCUAAAGCUGAGAUGCAGAUCGUGUCCUACGUGGAGUUGCAUGUAGAAGUGGACUGCAUCCCCGAGACCUUCAUGAAGUCCAGCAUUCUCUACUUACUGAGGAACACCAGUGAGACAAUCCCUGAGCUGGCGGAUAGAAACGAGGCAGACGAGCUGAUGCCCAAGCUGGUGGAGAUCGGCAUGAUGAGCGGCCAUCAACUCCUGACGUUCAGGAGCAUCUUCCAGAACGUCUACAUGCCGCUGCUCUCAGUGGAACAGAUAAAGCAUUUCAAUGGAAGCUUCCAGCAGGAGCAGGCACCAGCAAAACCCAUCAGCGCUUCCAUGAUCCGAGACGAUUUCCUCAACCACUGCUACAAGUACACGAGUCUUACAGACAGAACCCUGCAGCAGCUGCAGUGUAGGAAUAAACUACACAUCCCCGAGCUGGACCUGGACCAGGAUGUGAAGAGCCUGCUUGCCAAUCUGGAGAUGGUGGAAAAGUUGGAGCAGUGUGUAAUGAACUGGCAAACACAAAUCACCUUCAUCCUGGAGGAGCAGAAGGAGAAGAAACCACAGGCCCCUGGUCCGAUGGGGGAGGUGGAGUUCUGGCAUGAGCGUGCAACUGUACUUAGUAGUCUGUGUGAGCAGCUGAAGCUGCCAGUGGUAAAGAAGGUCCUGGAGGUGAUGGACCGAGCCGACCUGCACUGCUUGCAGAACCUGAAGGAGGCGAUAACCGAGCUGAACUUGUACCAUGCAGAGGCCCUGGAGAACGUGCGCUUCCUUGGCACUGUGGAGAGAUACUUCAAGAAUCUGGCCACAGCGGUAAACUUCAGCAUCAUCAUGAACACCAUUGAACCCCUGAUGAAGGGUCUGAGGAUGAUCUGGAUCAUUUCCAGCCAUUACAACACGGACAAGCGCAUGAUGGCUUUAAUGGACCGCAUCGUGUGGGAGCUGUGUGAGCGCGUCGCUUUUAUCAUCGACAUCCGCACGCUUUUCCAAGAAAAGCGGAACGUGGCCAAGACCAAAGUUCUGGACGGAAAGCAAGUUCUGGAGCAGUGGAAGUCCUGCUACUUUGCAGUUCGAGAAGUUAUCGAGAAAUCCGCCAGGGAGUCGCGCUGGGAGUUUGACCGCAAAAAGCUUUUUGAGAAGACGGACUACAUGGUUUCAGUGUGUCAGGACCUUCACGACAUCCUACAGACCCUGGAGGACUUUUCUAAGAUCUUUGGGCCGGAGAUGAAGGAGGUAACAGGCGAGGCCAAGCUAAUCGAUGAUGUAAUGCGGAGGGUGGACAGCCUUGUUGUGCCCAUUAAGACUCUGAACUUUGACCCCUUCAACAAUGAGAAGAUGGAAAACUGGAAACAAGUCAUUCAAGACUUCCAGAGCCAGGUUCAGGCUAUCGAAGGAGAAGCCAUUUACUUCAUCGACCAGUCCUUCAAGACCCUGCGCUCGGCAUCUGUGGCCUUCGACAUGCUGCAGAAGUUCAAACACGUACGGUCCAGAGAAGCUCUCAACAAUCAGAUGAUGAUGAAGUUCAAUGACAUUCUGGAACAGUACUGCAAAGAGGUGGACAUCAUAAACGAGAUGUUUGUCCAGAACAGAGACAAGCCUCCUGUGAAUAAAAACCAGCCUCCUGUGACAGGAGCGAUCUUCUGGGCUCGCUCUCUGUUCCACAGCAUUAAACACACCAUCAUAAGCUUCCAGAAAGUGCCGGAGAUGCUGCAAACCAAACAGGGCAUCGCUACAAAAGCCAAGUUUAUGGAGGUGGCCAGGUCCAUGCGCGAUUACGAGACAAGGAAACACAAGCGCUGGAUGGAGGAGGCAGUGCUGAUGCUGGACGAGCUCAUGAAGAGAACCGUCCUGAUGAUGGUGAACAGCUCGAGGGAAGCCCGAGGAGAAUCCACAAAGCCUGAGGAUCUGGAGACGGGGGUGCGGUUUGUGGUAAACUUGGGCCCGGAGCUGAAGGAGUGCCUUAGUGAGACCAGGUACUUUGAGCAGCUGGAUCUCAGUCUCCCUGAAGAGGUCAGAGAAGUGGCUAAGCUUCAGGACAGAUUGUUAAGAUACCUGGGAGACCUGGACAGGUUGACGGACCGCUACGGCUCUACGAUGGACCGUCUGAACGAUGCAGAGUCGAUCCUCAUGGCCAUUCAGAUACAGGAACUGAGGAGUGUAAUGUCCCCUGGUUGUAAACGAUUAACUCUGGUUUCUCUGGGUUUGUCAGACUUCAUUGCCAAGGCCAACCAGGCAAUCACCCAGUUCCAGUCCACACUGAACCAGAUCCAGAAGAAUGAACGAGACAUAGACGCCAAGCUACAGGCCAUGGAGUCGGCGAACCUGUUUAAAUUCCCUGUACCAGAGAGAGCAGGAGAACUGCCAGGAGUGAAGGAGUUCUGUGAGCUGGUGGAGAAACAAAGAGCCAAAGACGUGAUCUUGCUGUGCAAGAAGUACUCCAGCAUCAGAUUUCUUCUCACCAAGAUGGAGUGUCUGACCUCGCAGACCAGCAGCGGCAAGGCCAAGCACAUGGCCAAGUACUACGCUUACUGGGAGCGCCGAGUGUUCGACUCCCUCACCAACAUGGUGCUGAAGAACCUCCAGGUGUUUAACUCCGCCCUGCAGGGCUCCACCCCACUGUUCCAGAUCGAGAGCAUCCUCUCUGCCCCACUUAUCAUGCUGCACCCCAAAAGCCACGAGGUGUACAAGCUGAUCAUGCACUGUGUGAGGGACUGUGUGGAGAGCACCAAGCAUUUCGUCCGCUGGAUGCAUGGCACGUGUAUCGAGUGUCCUCCUCAGCGUGGAAGGCAAGAUGAGCCGUUCGUCUUCAGCUUCUACAGCGAUGUGUGCCAGCUGCCAAAAGUGAACGAGCUCGCCACAACGCUUUCCCUGAACACAAAGCAGCUCCUCAGCUCUGUCGCCCAACACCUGAACCUCUGGAGACACUACCGGACCCUCUGGCAGCUGGACAAGGCCAUCAUGCUGGAAAAGUUUGCAGGCAAGAAGCCCUCGUGUGUGAUUUACGACAGGAAGCUGCAGUUUUACUCGCAGGUCAUUCAGGAGGUGGUGGAGCAGCCCGUGGUGAAGGAUGAGCACGCCAUCAGGUUGAGCCUGGAGCCGACGAGACGCAGCGUACUGGAGAGCGCUCAGGCUUGGAUAACUUCACUGGGCAUGUUACUCAACGACUCGGCCCGGAAGGAGUUACACGCCCUGUACAGCGAGUUCCAGCAACUCUCGGAUCAUCUAAAUACAUCUCCCGACACGCUGGAGAGCCUGAAGUUCGUCCUCAGCACAAUCUCCAACAUCAGGAGCAUGUCUCUGAGUGUGGAGAUGAGAUACAGAGACGUCCAGGAGAGAUACAGAACUCUGGCUAUGUACAAUAUUCAGGUGGAUGAGGAAGAGUUGCAGCUGUUGUCCCGCAUCGAGGACGUGUGGAGAGACGUGUUCGCCGAGGCCCGACGUGUGGAUCACCGCCUGGGAAAAGUCAAAAAGACCUUCACUAAAAUCACCAUGGAGCAGACAGAGCAGUAUAAGCAGGACUUGUCCAUCUUUGCUGAGAGUUUUAGUAUACAUGGGCCUGGAGCUGUAGGAGACAACCUGGAGAAAGGUCUGAUGAUCAUGAGCACUUAUGAGGCAGAUCUGUCUAAGGUAGAAGCGAGCCGUCAGGACCUAGCCAACGCUGAGAAGCUAUUUGACCUUUCCAUUACCAUGUACCCCGAACUGUUGAAAAUACAACAGGAGAUGAAGGGCCUGAGGGAGAUUUACAAAAUCUACAUGGAACAGAAGGCUGCUAAGGUAGAGUGGUCUCAGACUCUGUGGGUGGACCUGAACAUCCAGCUGCUCCAGGAUGGUGUGGAGGGUUUCAUCAAGAACCUCAGGAAGCUGCCGAAAGUCACCAGAUCUCUUCCUGUGGCCUUCUUCCUCGACAGCCAUCUGAAAGAGUUUAAAGAGUCUCUGCCGUUGUUGCUGGACCUGAAGAACGAGGCUCUGAGAGAAAGACACUGGAAUGAGCUGAUGGAACAAACAGGAACCAGCUUCGAGAUGAACCCAGACACCUUCACGCUGGAAAACAUGUUUGCCAUGGAGCUCCACAAGUACAGCAGCGUGAUCGGAGACAUCGUCACUGCGGCUGUUAAAGAACUCGGCAUAGAGAAGGGUGUGAAGGAGGUGGUGGACAUGUGGGAGAACAUGAAGUUCACAGUGCAGCGCUACUUUAAAGGAACUCAGGAGCGAGGAUCCAUUCUGGGCUCGGUGGAGGAGAUCCUGCAGAACCUGGACGAUAACGCCAUGAACCUGCAGAGCAUGGCGGGGAGCCGCUUUGUCGGGCCGUUCCUCUCCACCAUCCAGCAGUGGGAGAAGAACCUGUCCCUCAUCAGUGAGGUCAUUGAGGUUUGGAUGUUGGUGCAGAGGAAGUGGAUGUAUUUAGAAAGCAUCUUUAUUGGAGGUGAUAUUCGUUCUCAGCUCCCCGAUGAGGCCAAGAAAUUUGACAUCAUUGACCAGAAGUUUAAGGAGAUCAUGUCCGACGCGGUGAAAGACCCAGGUAUAAAGAGGUGCUGCCUGGUUCCGAAUCGCCUGUCAGACCUGCAGAAUUUAAGCGACGGUUUGGAGCGCUGCCAGAAGAGCCUGAACGACUACCUGGACUCCAAACGUAAUGCUUUCCCGCGUUUUUUCUUCAUCUCCGACGACGAGCUGCUCAGCAUCCUGGGGAGCAGCGAGCCGUCCUGUGUCCAGGAGCACAUGAUCAAGAUGUACGACAACAUCGCGUCCCUGCGCUUCGACACGGGACCGAAUGGAGAGACAUUGGUGAUGGCCAUGGUGUCUGCAGAAGGUGAGGUGAUGGAGUUCAGGCAGACCAUCCCAGCCGAGGGACGAGUGGAGGACUGGAUGACAGCCGUUCUGCUGGAGAUGAAAAGGACCAACAGACUCAUCACCAAGGAGGCCAUCUACUUCUACCAGCACCACAAGUCCAGGGUGGACUGGAUGCUGGACUACCAGGGCAUGGUGGUGCUGGCAGGGAACCAGGUUUGGUGGACGUGGGAGGUGGAGGACAUCUUCUGCAAGAUGAGCGCUGGAGACAAACAGGCCCUGAAACAGUACGCCAAGAAAAUGCACGGUCAGAUCGACGACCUGGUGACGCGCAUCACGCAACCUUUAAAGAAGAACGACCGGCGCAAACUCAACACCGUGCUGAUCAUCGACGUCCACGCCAGAGACAUCGUGGACAGCUUUGUCAGGGACAGUAUUACAGAUGCUCGUGAGUUCGAGUGGGAAAGUCAGCUGAGGUUUUACUGGGUCAAGGAGAUGGACGACCUUUACAUUCGCCAGUGUUCUGCUCACUUCUCCUACGGAUACGAGUACAUGGGGCUGAACGGCCGACUGGUCAUCACUCCACUGACUGAUCGUAUCUACCUCACUCUCACUCAGGCUCUGUCAAUGUACCUGGGUGGAGCACCAGCGGGACCUGCAGGUACGGGGAAAACAGAGUCCACUAAAGACCUGGCGAAGGCUUUGGGUCUGCUCUGUGUGGUCACUAACUGUGGUGAAGGAAUGGACUACAUGGCGGUCGGGAAGAUCUUCUCCGGCUUGGCUCAGUGCGGUGCCUGGGGCUGCUUCGACGAGUUCAACCGAAUCGACGCCUCUGUGCUGUCGGUCAUCUCCUCCCAGAUCCAGAUCAUCCGCAACGCUCUCAUCCUGCAGCUCAAGAGGUUCCACUUUGAGGGUCAGGAAAUCGAUUUGGAUUCGCGAAUGGGGAUCUUCAUCACCAUGAAUCCAGGCUACGCCGGGCGCACGGAGCUGCCCGAGUCGGUGAAGGCUCUGUUCCGACCCGUGGUGGUCAUCGUCCCAGAUCUCCAGCAGAUCUGUGAGAUCAUGCUGUUCUCAGAGGGCUUCCUCAUGGCCAAGGUUCUGGCCAAGAAGAUGACGGUUUUGUAUAAACUGGCACGAGAGCAGCUCUCCAAACAGUCUCACUAUGAUUUUGGGCUGCGAGCUCUCAAAUCUGUAUUAGUGAUGGCAGGAGAGCUGAAGAGAGGAUCUCCUGAGCUCAACGAGGACGUGGUGCUGAUGCGAGCUCUGAGGGACAUGAACCUCCCAAAAUUUGUCUUUGAGGAUGUUCCUCUGUUCCUGGGCCUGAUCUCAGAUCUGUUCCCAGGUCUGGACUGCCCUCGUGUGCGCUACCCCGACUUUAAUGAUGCCGUAGAGAGCAUCCUGGAGGAGAACAAAUACGUCCUGCUGCCCAAUCAGGUGGAUAAAGUGAUUCAGAUGUACGAGACCAUGAUGACCAGACACACUACCAUGGUGGUAGGACCCACAGGAGGGGGCAAAUCCGUGGUUAUUAAUACCCUGUGCCACGCCCAGACGAGGCUAGGGCUGAUUACCAAACUGUACACACUAAACCCCAAAGCCAUGAGCGUGAUUGAGCUCUACGGCAUCCUGGAUCCCAUCACUCGAGACUGGACUGAUGGAAUUCUGUCCAACAUCUUCCGAGACAUCAACAGACCCACAGAGAAAAAGGAGAGAAGGUACGUCCUGUUCGACGGGGACGUAGACGCCCUGUGGGUGGAGAACAUGAACUCGGUGAUGGACGAUAACAAGCUUCUGACGCUGGCUAACGGAGAGAGGAUCCGUCUGCAGGGUCACUGCGCUCUCCUGUUCGAGGUCGGAGAUCUGCAGUACGCUUCCCCUGCCACCGUGUCUCGCUGUGGAAUGGUUUUCGUGGACCCCAAAAACCUCCGCUUUGCCCCCUACUGGAAGAAAUGGGUGAAGGACAGGCCUUCCAGAGAACAAGAAGAUCUGAACAGUCUAUUCGAUAAAUACGUCCCCAGCACCAUAGACAUGAUCGUGGAGGGAAUCGUAGACGGGAAACAAGGAGAGAAACUGAAAACCAUCGUCCCACAGACUGACCUGAACAUGGUGGUGCAGCUGUCCAUGAUGAUGGACGCUCUGCUAGAGCCCACAGAGAUCUCCUCCGAGGAGCUGGAGAGUUUCUUCAUUGAGGCUCUGUACUGUUCACUUGGAGCCUCGCUGUUGGAGAGCGGCAGGGGGAAGUUUGAUGACUUCAUCAAAAGCUUGUCCGGUCUCACCUCCGUCCAUGAUGAGAAGAAGCUCGCCGGUCCAGGAGAACUUCCAGGUUCCUUGCCGACUCUUUAUGACUUCCACUUCGAUGCGAACACAAAGAAGUGGACUCCCUGGAGCUCGCUGGUUCCUAAAUACAUCCACAACCCUGACAUGAAGUUCAUCGACAUUCUAGUGCCCACCGUUGACACCACACGCACCAACUGGCUGCUGGAUCAGAUGGUGAAGGUGAAGAGGCCAGUGGUGCUGGUUGGAGAGUCCGGAACCUCGAAAACAGCCACCACUCAGAACUUUCUCAACAGCCUGGACCCCGAUACGACCAUGGUUCUGAUGAUCAAUUUCUCAUCGAGAACCACAUCCAUGGACCUACAGCGGAACCUGGAGGCCAGCGUUGAGAAGAGGACCAAGGACACCUAUGGCCCUCCUAUGGGCAAGAGACUGUUGGUGUUUAUGGAUGACCUCAACAUGCCACGAGUGGAUGAUUACGGCACGCAGCAGCCCAUAGCCCUGCUCAAGCUGCUGCUGGACAGGGGCGGGAUGUACGACAGAGGGAAGGAGCUCAACUGCAAGAUGCUGAAGGACAUGGGCUUUAUCGCGGCCAUGGGGAAAGCAGGAGGCGGCCGUAACGAGGUGGAUCCUCGUUUCAUCUCCCUCUUUAGUGUCUUCAACAUCCCAUUUCCCGAGGAGGAAUCGCUGCAUCUCAUCUACUCCUCCAUCCUAAAGGGCCACACCAGGUCGUUUGACGAAAGCAUUCAGACGCUCUGCGACCCACUGACCUCCUGCACGCUGGAGCUUUACAAAUCCAUCAUUAAAGACCUUCCACCAACUCCUUCUAAAUUCCACUACAUCUUCAACCUGAGAGAUCUGUCUAGAGUGUUUCACGGCCUGACGCUGACCAACGCAGAGAGGUUCCUGAAGGUCACGCAGUUUGUACGAGUCUGGAGGAACGAGUGCCUGAGAGUCUUCCAUGACAGGCUCAUCAACCAAACUGACAAAACUCUUGUCCAGGGACACAUUCGAACCCUGAUAGAGGAGCAUUUCAACUCUGAUCUGGAGUCAGCAAUGAGAGACCCCAUCCUGUUUGGAGAUUUCAAAACAGCCCUCGCUGAGUUCGAGCCCAGAGUCUACGAGGACAUUCUGGAUUAUGAAGCCUGUCAGGCUCUUUUUCAGGAGCUCCUCGAGGAGUACAACGAGAACAAGACCAGGAUGAACCUGGUGCUCUUUGAUGACGCCCUAGACCACCUGACCAGAAUCCAUCGCAUCAUCAGGAUGGAUCGUGGCCACGCCCUCUUAGUGGGAGUGGGAGGGUCUGGGAAACAGUCCUUAACCAAGCUAGCUGCUUUCACUGCAGGAUGUGAGGUGUUUGAGAUCGUGUUGAGUCGAGGAUACUCCGAGUCGAAUUUCCGUGAAGAUCUGAAAACUCUCUAUUUAAAGCUGGGCAUCGAGAAUAAGAAAACCGUCUUCUUGUUCACUGAUGCUCACGUGGCCGAGGAGGGGUUCCUGGAGCUCAUUAACAACAUGCUCACCUCAGGAAUUGUUCCUGCGCUCUUCCCUGAUGACGAGAAGGAGUCAGUUCUGAAUCAGAUCCGCGAAGAGGCUUUGAAGAUGGGCUCGGGGCCGUCCAAAGACAGCGUGUGGCAAUACUUCGUGAACAAGAGCGCCAACAACCUGCACAUUGUCCUGGGCAUGUCUCCUGUAGGGGACGUCCUUCGAACCCGCUGCAGGAAUUUCCCAGGGCUGGUAAAUAACACCGGUAUUGAUUGGUUCCUCCCCUGGCCUCCUCAGGCUCUCAAUGCAGUUGCACAGUCCUUCCUGCGUGAGAGCAGUAUGAUUCCUGAGGACUUCUACGAGGCAGUGAUGGGUCACGUGUGUAUGGUGCACAGCUCAGUGGGCGAGUACAGCAAAUUGUUCCAGCAAAAGCUGCGACGUAGUAACUACGUCACCCCGAAAAACUACUUGGACUUCCUCAGCACCUACUUCAACCUGCUGAACGACAAGGAUAAGUACAUCAUGGCCCAGUGUAAGCGACUGGAAGGAGGUUUGGAUAAACUGGUGGAAGCCAGCGUGCAGCUCGCCGAGCUCAACAUCAAGCUUGCCGAGCAGAAAGUGGUCCUAGCUGAGAAGUCCUCUGCCUGUGAAAUUCUUCUUAAUGAGAUCUCCACCAACACAGCCAGUGCUGAGGAGAAGAAGAAGUUAGCAGAGGAAAAGGCCAAGGAGAUCGCAGAGCAGAAUAAAGUAAUCUCCGUGGAGAAAAAGGACGCUGAGAGCUCUCUGGCCGAAGCCCUGCCCGCUUUGGAGGCGGCUCGCCUCGCCCUACAGGACCUGGACAAAUCCGACGUCACUGAAAUCAGGUCCUUUGCCAAGCCGCCGAAGCAGGUGCAGGUGGUGUGUGAGUGUAUCCUGGUCAUGCGUGGUUAUAAAGAGAUCAGCUGGAAGACCGCUAAAGGCAUGAUGUCAGAGGCCAACUUCCUGCGCUCGCUCAUGGAGAUGGACUGCGACGCCAUCGGCGGCGGACAAGUCAAAACGGUCCGAGGCUUCCUGAAGAACCUGAACACGUCGUUAGAGGAGAUGCAGGCCAUCAGCAAGGCUGGCUCGGGCAUGCUGAAAUUCGUCGAGGCCGUCAUGGGUUACUGCGACGUGGCCAAAGAGAUCAAACCCAAGAGAGAGAAGGUGGCCAGGUUGGAGAAGAACUACUUCCAGAGCAUGCGUGAGCUGGAGCGGAUCCAGAGCGAGCUGGCAGGCAUUCAGAAGGAGCUGGGCGCUUUGGGGCAGAAGUACAACGAAGCCAUGACCGAGAAGCAGCAACUGCAGGAGGAGGCCGAGAUCAUGGAGCGCAGACUUAUUGCUGCCGACAAGCUCAUCUCAGGACUGGGAUCAGAGAACAAGCGCUGGACAGAAGAUCUCAAGGAGCUGGAGAAGAGGCGAGUGCGCCUGCUGGGAGACUGUCUAAUCUGCGCAGCCUUCCUGAGCUAUGAAGGAGCCUUCAGCUGGGACUUCCGAGACCAGAUGGUGUACGAGGUGUGGCAGAAGGACGUAUUGGAGAGAGGCAUCCCCCUGAGCCAGCCCUUCCGUAUCGAGAGCCUGCUCACCGACGAGGUCGAGAUCAGCAGAUGGGGUUCAGAAGGUCUUCCUCCUGAUGAGUUGUCUGUGCAGAAUGGUAUCCUGACCACGAGAGCCAGCCGAUUCCCUCUGUGCAUCGACCCCCAACAGCAGGCGCUCAACUGGAUCAAGAAGAAGGAGGAGAAGAACAACCUCAAGGUCUCCUCCUUUAACGAUCCAGAUUUCCUGAAGCAGCUGGAGAUGGCAAUCAAAUAUGGCUGUCCUUUCCUGUUUCAAGAUGUGGACGAGUACAUCGACCCGGUCAUCGACAACGUCCUGGAGAAGAACGUGAAAGGAGCCGAGGGACGACAGGUCAUCGUUUUGGGAGACAAGGAGGUUGAUUACGACCCCAACUUUAAACUGUACCUCAACACCAAACUGUCAAAUCCCAAAUACUCCCCGGCGGUGUUUGGCAAAGCCAUGGUCAUAAACUACACCGUUACAUUAAAGGGUCUGGAGGACCAGCUGCUGAGUGUCAUCGUGGGCUUUGAGCGGAAAGAGCUUGAGGAACAAAGGGAGCGUCUGAUCCUGGAGACCAGCGAGAACAAGCGUCUCCUCAAAGACCUGGAGGACUCGCUGCUCCGAGAGCUUGCCACGUCCACGGGGAACAUGCUGGACAAUGUGGAGCUUGUCCAGACGCUGGAUGAAACAAAAUCCAAAGCCAGUGAGGUCUUUGAGAAGCUAAAGCUGGCUGAACACACCUCAGCAGACAUCGAUACCCUGCGCGACGGUUACCGUCCGGCAGCUAAACGUGGUGCCAUCCUGUUCUUUGUCCUGGCUGAGAUGGCGCUAGUGAACAGCAUGUACCAGUACUCUCUGUCCUCCUUCCUCGAGGUGUUUGACUUCUCACUGCGUAAAUCUCUGCCAGACUCGAUCCUUUCUAAAAGGCUGAAGAACAUCAUGAACACACUCACACUCAACGUCUACAAUUACGGCUGCACUGGUCUGUUUGAAAGACACAAGCUGCUUUUCUCCUUCAACAUGACCAUAAAGAUCGAGCAGGCUGAGGGUCGGGUUCCUCAGGAAGAGCUCGACUUCUUCCUUAAAGGAAACCUAUCGCUGGAGAAGAGUGCGAGAAAGAAGCCGUGUGAUUGGCUGCCUGAUCAGGGCUGGGAGGACAUCGUUCGUCUGUUGGAACUUUUCCAGAACGAGUUCGGCUCACUGAUAAGCGACAUCGAGAAGAAUCCCACUGAGUGGCAGGACUGGUAUGAUCUGGACACCCCAGAGCAGGCUCCCUUCCCUAUGAAGUACAAGGAAAGUCUGACAGAUUUCCAGAAACUUCUGCUUCUGCGCUGCUUCAGGGUGGACCGAGUGUACCGAGCCGUCAGUGACUACGUCACCAUCACCAUGGGAGAGAAGUAUGUGCAGCCGCCAGUCAUCAGUUUCGAUGCGAUAUUCGAGCAGAGCACUCCGAACUCCCCCAUCGUCUUCAUCCUGAGUCCUGGCUGUGAGCCAGCAAGUGACCUGAUGAAGCUGGCAGAGCGCUCCAGCUUCGGGACCAACAGGCUCAAGUUCCUCGCCAUGGGACAAGGCCAGGAGAAGGUGGCGCUGCAGCUGCUGGAGACCGCAGUGUCCCGAGGUCAAUGGCUGAUGCUCCAGAACUGUCAUCUCUUAGUAAAGUGGCUGAAGGAGCUGGAGAAAUCUCUAGAGAGAAUCACGAAACCUCACCCAGAUUUCCGCCUGUGGCUCACCACCGACCCGAUCAAAGAUUUCCCCAUCGGCAUCCUGCAGAAAUCCCUCAAGGUGGUGACGGAGCCCCCUAACGGGCUGAAGUUGAACAUGAGAGCCACGUACUUUAAGAUUCCUGUGGAGACGCUGAUGAGCUGCCCUCACCCGGCCUUCCGCAGCCUGGUCUACGUGCUGGCUUUCUUCCACGCCGUGGUGCAGGAGAGACGCAAAUACGGCAAGAUCGGCUGGAAUGUUCCGUAUGACUUCAACGAGUCCGACUUCCAGGUGUGUCUGGAGAUCCUGAACACAUACCUGACCAAAGCUUUCAUUCAAGAUGAUACCACCAUCCCAUGGGGCAGUCUCAAGUACCUGAUCGGAGAGGUGAUGUACGGGGGCCGGGCGAUAGACAGCUUCGACCGCAGAAUCCUCACCGUUUACAUGGACGAGUAUCUGGGAGAUUUUAUCUUUGACACCUUUCAGCCUUUCCAUUUCUUCCACAACAGAGACGUGGAUUACAGAAUCCCUCCUGACGGACACAAGGGAGUUUACGUGGCCGAAAUCGAGUCGCUCCCUCUCUCAAAUACUCCGGAAGUGUUCGGGCUUCACCCCAACGCUGAGAUCGGCUACUACACUCAGGCUGCUCGGGACAUGUGGACGCACCUCAUAGAGCUCCAACCACAAACCGGUGACACUGGUGUUGGAAUAAGCAGAGAUGAGUACAUCGCUCAGGUGGCUCGGGACGUCCAGAACAAGCUUCCCACGCCCUUCGACCUGGACGUGAUCCGGAAGAACUUCGGCCUGGACGUGACGCCCACCAGCGUGGUGCUGCUGCAGGAGCUGGAGCGCUUCAACAAACUCAUCAUCCGCAUGAGACGCUCGCUCGCUGAACUUCAGAGGGCUCUAGCAGGUGAAGUAGGAAUGAGCAGUGAGCUGGAUGAAGUGGCCCGAGCUCUGUUUAAUGGUCAGAUCCCUGCAAUCUGGAGGAAACUCGCUCCAGACACCCUCAAAUCCCUGGGCAACUGGAUGAUCCACUUUAAGAGACGCUAUGAUCAGUACAACUCAUGGGUGGAUAAGGGCGAGCCCGUAGUGAUGUGGUUGUCAGGGUUACACAUCCCCGAGUCGUACCUGACGGCGCUGGUUCAGGCCACAUGCAGGAAGAACGGCUGGCCGCUGGACCGCUCCACUCUGUACACACACGUCACUCAGUACAGCAACGAGGAUGAGGUGCAGGAAAGACCAGCUCAGGGUUGUUAUGUAUCAGGUCUGUAUUUGGAGGGAGCUGACUGGGAGGUGGAACAGGGAUGUCUGGUGCGCAGCAAACCCAAAGUGCUGGUGGUGCAGCUUCCUAUCCUCAAGGUGAUUCCUAUUGAGUCUCAUCGUCUAAAGCUGCAGAACACGCUGAGAACACCUGUCUACACCACGUCUGCCAGGAGAAACGCUAUGGGUGUAGGCCUGGUGUUUGAAGCCGACCUCUUCACCACCAAACACCACUCCCACUGGGUCCUACAGGGAGUGUGUCUCUGUCUCAAUGCUGACUGAUCCCUUUAAAAGAGAAAAAAACAUUUCAAAUCUAAUAAAUUUAUACAUAUAUUUUUAUAUAGUUACGUCCCAGUCUUGGGUUGGGGCACACAUCGUGAUUAAAGGC